AAGCUGUGAGUUGUGAGUUGUGAGUUGUGAGUUGUGUGUGUGUGUGUGUGUUCAAUUUUCCAUUAUCAUCGUCGAUUCGUCAUCAUCUUCCACAGCCUCUCUCUCUUUCUCUCUCUCUCUCUCUCUCUCUCUCUCUCUCUCUCUCUCUGUGUGUGUCUAUCUAUAAUGGGUUCGAGCAAUAGUCGGCUGGGGUCACGCCCUUCUCGGCCCCGAGUCAACCUCACCAACCGCUCAAAGCUCUUCUCUCUCAUCUGCGGUGGCUCCACUUCUCGCGCUACGCGUCAGGUCAAUCAGUGCCGAAGAUCGGUCCCAUUCAUAAUCACCAUCGAGGAAACGCUAUCUUUUAGCUAUGGAAGAUUAUCCAGCUGAAUUUCUGGUGAAUUCUGCAGAACAUUCUAAUCAAGUCAUCAAUGAAGUUCAGAACAUCACAGUGGAAACCCCUCUGAGUACCGAUACACGAAGGUUCUCCUACUCAAAUACCGAAACUAGCGCCUUAUCGGAGAGCAGUAUUGUGGCUAGUGAGGAUACUUCAGUCGAACAUGGUUCAAUAAAUGUUGGAACGAGUAAUCGUGGGAAGUUCUUGUCUGAAAGUAAGGAGCUAGUUCCUCCUCAUCAGGUAAGUACUGAUCAUAGUCAUGAUGAGUCUUAUAGGGAUAGUAGUACUGCAGCUAGUACUUCCUUUAAAGAACACCAGUCUUCAGAUCCAGUCUCUGUUAAUGUUUCCACUAACAAAGAUGCGGGCAAUGGUAUUGAUAAUUCAGUGGACAGGGGAAUACCUCAGAUAUGUCCCGAGGUUCAUUCUUGUAGCUCGUCUCCUCAAGAUAUAGGAGAUUCCAGUUCUGGUGGAGUGUCUGCUGAGAAUGGCAUUGGUGAAGUAGCUGCUGUCCAUAACUCUGAUUCUGAUUCUGUUCCUCAUGAUUCCAAUGUAUCAGCAACAUCUCGAUCACUGGGAGAUGAAUCUUUUCAGGAUGCAAUACCUUCUGGUCUAGGAUUCCUUGUUUCCAAUGGGGAACAGGGCUGGGGAGAUGGAAGUGUACUUCAGGUUGAUGUGGUAACCAUCUCUUCUAACAUUAUUUCAAGAAGCAAUGCUGAUGAAAGUAAUCGGGAAGUCAGAAGAAACAGUAGAAGACUGUUUUGGGACGCUUUUUCAAGACGCAGUUCUCGAAGGCACAGUGAUUCUCCGACCAUUCUUUUCUCAACAGAUGAUUCUGAGAAUUUAGGAUCUCAUGAUAGAUGGCUCCUUGAUCUGAGUGGUGAACUUUUUGAUGAUGGUGUUGGAGGUGAUCGUGGAUAUCUAGGCAAUAGAAUUCAUAGCUUGAAUGAACGCCGACGGAACUCAAGAUCUGAGAUCUGGGAAAGACUUCGUGGCAGCCUUGAUGACAGUGGUAGACGAAACACCACUUGUCCAUCAGGUCUCCACCCUGAUGGUACAUGCUCAUGUGAGUCAGUCUUGACGAAUGAAGAAUCUAGUACUCGUGCAAGUAUAUCACGCAUAGUCAUGCUUGCUGAAGCUUUAUUCGAGGUUUUGGAUGAAAUUCAUCGCCAACCUGUGUCACUUUCCCUAUCUAUGGUCUCUCUUCCAGCCCCUGAAUCAGUUGUUGACUCUUUCCCUCUCAAGAGUCACAAAAAGGUCAACACCUCUGAGAGUUGUGAUGUAGAACAGUGUUACAUUUGCUUGGCUGAGUAUGAGGAAGGGGACAAAAUUCGAGUUCUUCCCUGUCACCAUGAGUAUCAUAUGUCAUGUGUUGAUAAGUGGCUAAAGGAGAUACACGGUGUAUGUCCACUUUGUCGAGGAGAUGUUCGCGAGGGUUUCACCGAGUCUUCUGUAUCUGGCUCGGAAAUCCCUUCUCUUUGAUGCAAUUAAUUGUACAUAUAAAUGUAAAUAGUGAUUACCUAUUCACUGUCCUUAUAUAGACUUGUAUUAGAAUUUCCUUAUCUUGGAGCAUCUUUUUCUAAUGAUUCGGUUUUGUAAAACCUUAUAUUUAGAAAUUGAGAGAGUACGCUGGCUCGGCCCCUUAGCUCCUUCA